ACAUCUGUGAGCGUGUGACAUCUCUGUGUGUGUGCGACACGGGAGGGCACGCAGCUGUCACCCCUCUGGAGAUGUGCCAGUGCCACCUCCUGCUCAGGCGGUGCCACCUGGAGAGGUGACACACGGCCAGGGGACCUGUCCCAAGGCUUAGACCCUCCGUGGGGAGCAGCUCUGCCUCGUGCUGAGCUUGUCCUGCCCUGGGUUCCAUCCUGACACCGCGGGGAGGGAUUUGUGGGGCUGGAUGGGGUUUUUUUGUGGAUGGAUGCGUGGGAUCUCCUCUCAGAUGAGACAUUUGUGGUAUAUUUAAGGUAUUUGGGUGGGCAUUUGAGGGUUUUGUGAGGAUAUUUGGGUUCUUUGUGUGGAUUGAUGAAGUCCUCUCUCAGUCUUCUCCCUGGACAAACCAGACCCAGCUCCCUCAGCUUGACAAGUGCUCCACACCCCAAAUCACCCCCAUGGCCUCCUCUGGACCCUCUCCAAGAGCUCCAGAUCUCUCUGGUCCCGACACAGCGCUCCAGAUGUGCCUCACCUGGGCAGGGCAGAGGGGCAGGAUCACCCCCUGACCUGCUGGCACUGCUCUUCCCCGUGUCCCCCGGGAUUCCCUCGCCCCUCAGGACCCACGGCUGGACAGGAACUGCCCCCCAGGAUGGCACAGCUCAUACCUGAGCUCACACCUGUGUGUUCACACUGUAUUUUCACACACACCUGCACAGUUCACACCUGAGCUCACACAUCUGCCCCGGGCGGCCCAAAAGCACCCGCAGCGCCAGUUUCCCAUCGGACCGCUGCACAACUUGCCCACUUCAAAGAUGGCAGCGGCAGCGUCACCCGCCCCCGAUAACGGACGGAAGCGGGUCCGGGCGGAAGCGAGUUUGGGCGGAAGUGGGUCCGUCCCGAAUUGGGUCCCCCUCAGCCGGAUGCGCAGGGCCUGGCGGCGCAGCGGGAUGGAGGCCGGCGGCCACGGGCCGGAGGCCGAGGCGGGCGGCCAUGGCGGCCACAAGAAGAAGCACAAGAAGCACAAGAAGAAGCACAAGAAGCGGCACCACCACGAGGCGGGGCCGCCCGCGGGUCCCGAACUCCCUCGGCAGCCCCGGCUGCGGCUCCGGAUUAAGCUGGGAGGGCAGAUCCUGGGCACCAAGAGCGUCCCCACGUUCACGGUGGUCCCCGAAGGGACGCACUCGCCAUCCCCCUCCCCACUGCUGGCAGGGGACGAGGAGGAGCCCAGCGAGGGGGUCCCCAUCGAGCAGUACCGGGCCUGGCUGGAUGAAGACAGCAACCUGGCCCCCUCCCCACUGCCCGAGCUGGAUCCUGAGAGCUGCUUCCCUCCCCGUGAGGAGGGGGAGGAGGAAGAAGAGGAAGAGGAGGAAGAAGAGGAGGAGGAGGAGCGGCGCUGGCUGGCGGCCCUCGAGAGGGGGGAGCUGGAUGACAACGGUGACAUCAAGAGGGAGGUGGAUGAGUCCCUCCUGACAGCCCGGCAGCGUGCGCUGCUGCACAAGCAGCAGAGCCAGCCCCUGCUGCAGCUGCCCAUGGGCGCCAAGGCCAAGGAGGUGACGGAGGAGAUGCGGGAGAAGCGGGAGGAGCGGGCGCGGCGCCGGCGGCUCCAGGCCGCCCGCAAGGCCGAGGAGAGCAAGAACCAAACCAUCGAGCGCCUGACGCGCACGCACAAGGCCAAGGUGAGGGCCCUGCGCGAGCGCCGCGCCCGCCCCGCGGCCUGCCCCGUCGUGCACUACCGCAGCGCCGCCGACGGCAUCACCGUGUCCUUCCCCGUGGGGCUGCCGCUGCCGCUGCCCCCCGCCACCGCCCCGCCCGUGCCCCCCGCCCAGCCCUGCGCCGUGCCCGGCUGCCACAACCCCAAGCGCUACAGCUGCGCCCGCACCGGGCGCCCGCUCUGCAGCCUGGGCUGCUACCAGCGCAACCUGCAGCUGCUGCAGAGCCCGGGGUGACCCCCCCUGAGGGGGCUGCGGGGGGCUACGGACCCUAUAUGGGGGCUACGGAUGCUUUGCCGUGGAUACAGAGGGCCAGAUCACCGGGCCUUAUGGAUAUAGGUAGUUCCAGAGGUAUCUGGAUUAUUCACAUGGAUACAGAGGGCAGGAAGAGGAACCUGUAGAUCUCCAGCGUGGACUUGAAAGCUGUGGGGGAGCUCCAGACCUCCCACACAGACCCACAAGGCCAGAACAGGGGGCUUCAAACCCUCUGCCGUGGACACAGAGGCUCUGGCCACUCCACAUGAACACAAGGGACCAGGACAGCUGCAGUUUCUCAUGCACACAGUGAGCUCUGGCUCCUCCAAAUGGAUAUGAACAGCCUGCAGAGGAUGUGGAGCUUCAGAGGGCUCCAGCCUCUCCACCAUGGUGGACACAGAGGGUUGGGGACCCCGGCAGGGACUGAGGGUGGUCCUGAGGGGAUGAAGGAAAGGGCGGGUCCUGGUGUUGAAGAACUGAAUAAAGGCUGUUUUUGAAGGAA